AGCAAUAGAGACCUUGUCGCCCUGGUCGUCCGCGCGCAAACUUUUUGACACACAGUAUCGGGACCUGCAGCGUUGUUGUCACCUCACCCUCACCGCCAAGCGCCCCAAGCUAGACGUCGUGCCCACUGACGCCGCCCGUCGCAGCCGCCGCCGCCGCACCGUCCUGCCCCACCAUCGUCUUUGCACCGACACAAGGCAGCUAACAAGACCACGUCCCUCAGCUCCGCCGACCCCUCGCCGGCACCUCGCACUCUCUCCUCACCCGCACGCGUACAGCUGCUCUCCGCCACCAAGAGAGGGAGGACACCACCUGGAAAGCUGUCUGGGAGCUCGUCCCGCGCGCAGCCAACAUGUCUGCCACCAUCCCCGAGCUCGACGCCACCGUGCGUUCCUUUUACGAGGGCCGCGGAGAGACGCAGAAGCAGGCACAAGCGACGCUCAAUCAGUUCAAAGAGAACCCGGACUCAUGGCUGCUAGUCGACCAGAUCCUCUCCGAGGCGCAAUACCCGCAGACCAAAUACUUGGGAUUGCAAGUGCUUGACAACGUGAUCAUGACCCGGUGGAAGGUCCUGCCACGCGAUCAAUGUCAAGGCAUUCGCAACUUCGUCGUUAACUUCAUCAUCUCGCUGUCGAACAACGAGGACCGAAGCCAGAUCGACCGCACCCUCCUCAACAAGCUCAACCUCGUCCUCGUAUCCGUUUUGAAACAAGAAUGGCCCCACAACUGGCCGACGUUUAUAAACGAGAUCAUCUCGGCGUGCCACAGCAGUCUGCCCAUCUGCGAGAACAACAUGGCAAUCCUCCGGCUGCUUUCAGAGGAGGUUUUUGAUUAUUCGGAGGACCAGAUGACGUCCCAGAAGCGACGAGAGCUCAAGCAGAGCAUGUGUGACGAGUUCACGUCCAUCUACCAGCUUUGCUCCGAGGUCCUUCGUACGGCCACCGAGGCCUCGCUCAUCAAGGCCACUCUCGAAACGCUCCUCCGCUUCCUCAACUGGAUUCCGCUAGGCUACAUCUUCGAGACUCCCCCGAGCGGUUCCAGCCUGAUCGAAACGCUGCGAAGCCGCUUCCUCGACGUGCCCGACUUCCGCAACAUCACGCUCAAGUGCCUGACCGAAAUCGCUGGCCUGCACACCGAAGCCGCUUACGAUGACAAGCUCGUCCAGAUGUUCACCGAGACCCUGACCGCCAUCGCAAAGAUCAUUCCCCUCACAUUAGAUCUCAAGAGCACGUAUGCACAGAGCAACGGCAGAGACCAGGAGUUUGUACAAAAUCUUGCCUUGUUUUUGACCAACUUCUUCACCAUGCAUUUGAACGUCAUCGAGAACCUCAUGAACCGCGAUUUCCUUACGCAUGGUCAUUUCUACCUUAUCCGCAUCAGCCAGAUCGACGACCGUGAAAUCUUCAAGAUUUGCUUAGAAUACUGGACCAAGCUCGUCUCAGAGCUGUAUGACGAGAUGCAGGCUUUGCCCAUCACCGAUGUGAACCCUCUUUUGAACAUGGGCAUCGCCGCGACCAACGGCGGUGCACGAGAUCCCGCUAUGCUCGCGAACUAUCCGUUGCGCAAGCACAAGUACGCUGAAAUCUUGUCCAACCUGCGCACCGUCAUGAUCGAGAAGAUGGUUCGUCCCGAGGAGGUGCUCAUUGUCGAGAACGAUGAGGGCGAAAUCGUUCGCGAGUUCGUCAAGGAGAGCGACACCAUUCAGCUGUACAAGUCGACGCGCGAAUGUCUCGUCUUCUUGACGCAUCUGGACGUUAACGACACCGAGCAAAUCAUGUCCGAGAAAUUAGCGCGCCAAGUGGACGGAACCGAAUGGUCGUGGGCCAACUGCAACACGCUCUGCUGGGCUAUCGGUUCAAUAUCAGGUGCCAUGAAUGAGGAGACCGAGAAGCGAUUCCUCGUUACCGUCAUCAAGGACCUCCUCGGUCUUACCGAGAUGAAGCGAGGAAAAGACAACAAGGCUGUCGUCGCGAGUAACAUCAUGUACAUUGUCGGACAGUAUCCUCGAUUCUUGAAGGCUCAUUGGAAAUUUCUCAAGACGGUCGUCAACAAGCUCUUCGAGUUCAUGCACGAGACCCACGAGGGUGUGCAAGACAUGGCUUGCGAUACCUUUAUCAAGAUUGCUAAUAAGUGCCGCCGACACUUCGUCGCGCUUCAGCCUGGGGAGACGGAGCCUUUCAUCGACGAGAUCGUUAGAAACCUUCGCAAGAUUACAGGAGAUCUGUCACCUCAGCAAGUACACACAUUCUACGAGGCAUGUGGUUACAUGAUCAGCGCCCAAGGUCAGAAGAGUAUGCAGGAGCGUCUCAUUCACGAUCUAAUGGCGCUACCUAAUGCAGCUUGGGACCAAAUCAUCUCACAGGCAAACCAAGAUCCCACCUCUUUGCAAGACGGCGAGGUCAUCAAGAUUGUGGGCAACAUCAUGAAGACUAACGUGGCGGCCUGUAGCUCGAUAGGCUCCUACUUCUACCCGCAAAUUGGGCGCAUCUAUUUCGACAUGCUCACCAUGUACCGUGCGAGCUCGUCGCUCAUUGAUGAGGCUGUAAAACGCGAAGGUAACAUUGCGACCAAGAUGCCGAGGGUCCGAGGAUUACGAACGAUCAAAAAGGAGAUCCUAAAGCUGAUCAACACGUACGUUGAGAAGGCAGACGAUCUGGAAAUGAUCCACAACAACCUUGUGCCGAAACUUCUCGAGGCUGUACUCCUUGACUACCGGGACAACGUUCCUGAUGCUCGUGAGGCUGAAGUCUUGAACAUGAUGACGACGAUCAUCAAUAAGCUACAUAGCUUGAUGGAAGAUCAAAUCAUGAACAUCAUGGACGCCGUCUUUGAAUGCACCCUCGACAUGAUCAACAAAGACUUCUCAGAGUACCCAGAACACCGAGUAGAGUUCUUCAAGCUGCUGAGGACGAUCAACCUCCGCUGCUUCCCAGCUCUGCUUCGCCUGGAUGCCCGGUCGUUCAAGUUCGUCAUCGACUCGUGCAUGUGGGCAAGCAAACACGAUAACCGCGAAGUCGAGAGCGCAGGUCUCUCCAUGUGCUUCGAGCUCAUCUCGAAUAUGUCCGAGACCGAGCCGCAGACGCGCAAUGGCUUCUUCCAGCAAUUCUUUUCGACAAUCCUGCAGGACGUAUUCUUCGUGUUGACCGACAGCGAUCACAAGGCAGGAUUCAAGUCGCAGUCCAUGCUUCUCGCGAAGAUGUUCUGGCUCGUAGAGUCGGGCAAAUUGGACGGCCCCAUCUACACCCCUGAUAUGGCGGCCGCAGGCACGUCAAACCACGAAUUCCUGCGAAACUUUGUCGGCAACCUGCUGUCGACCGCUUUCCCCAACCUCCAGACGGCACAAAUCGCGUCCUUCAUCGACGGCCUCUUCGCUACGAAUUCCGAUCUUGCGCGCUUCAAGACGAUACUGCGAGACUUCCUGAUCUCGCUCAAGGAGUUCUCCGGUGACAACGCCGAGCUUUUCGCCGAAGAGAAGGAAGCUGCCGCCGCCAAGGCAAAGGAGGAGGAACGACAGCGGGCAAUGAAGGUCGGAGGGUUGCUGAAGCCGUCGGACAUGGAGGACGAUGAGUUGUGACUUGACGAAGACCUACACCCGAAUACGGCAACGCGCACCCCGUUUGAUAGGGCCGACGCAAGUUCUGGAGUAGCAGGGGCGAAGGAGUCGGACGGACUCGACGGGUGGGAUAUAUACGGGCUAUGAGGGGGAAAGAUGACGUUGGAAAAGGCGGGAGAUGGCCGCGCGCCUUUGGAAGGGCGCACAUGUUGACGCGAGGUUUCUUUCGACGGCAGGGCUUUUGGGCUACAGACGAUGUUCAACUGCGUAUCAAUACCCACAGAUCCCUUGGAGGCGUUCUGACAGGGGCUUGCGUAGUCAAAAUAUAGGGAGGAGGUUGCAAGCCUCGCCAUGAUAUCCUAGGCACAAUCGAUGCA